AUGUCUUCACGGCCAGAGCUCAAGGUCGACGACGAGCACGGUUUCAUUCGCUUCUUCAAGUCACUGCCAGCCGCCCACAAGGACACAAUAAGGAUCUUCUUCCGAGGAGACUACUACACAGCCCACGGCGAAGAUGCCAACCUGAUCGCUCGCACCGUAUACAAAAGCACUUCGGUGGUGCGGCAACUUGGCCGCAGUGAUCACACUGGAUUGUCAUCUGUCACGCUUUCCAUAACAGUAUUCAAGCAAUUCCUCCGAGAUGCCCUCUACAAACUCGGCAAGAGGGUAGAAAUCUACGAAAGCGCCAACGGGCGGAUGAACUGGAAGGUCACCAAGCAAGCCUCGCCAGGAAACCUGCAAGAUGUUGAGGAUGAGCUCGGCCAAACCGACUCGGCACCCAUGAUUUUGGCUGUCAAGAUCUCAUCCAAGGCAUCGGAGGCUCGGAAUGUUGGUGUUUGCUUUGCCGACGCAAGCGUGAGAGAGUUGGGCGUGAGCGAGUUCCUCGACAAUGAUCUCUUCUCCAACUUUGAGGCUCUCCUCAUCCAGCUUGGAGUCAAGGAGUGCUUGAUUCAGUAUGAUAAGGCCGAGGAUCUCAAGGACCCGGACCUGGCCAAGCUCAAGCAAAUCAUCGACAACUGCGGCGUGGCCAUGUCGGAAAGGCCUAUGGCUGAUUUUGGCACCCGAGAUAUAGAGCAGGAUCUGGCAAGACUGCUCAAAGAUGAGAGAUCGGCAAGCCUGCUACCCCAAACAGAUCUCAAGCUUGCCAUGGGGGCUGCAUCGGCCCUAAUCAAGUACUUGAACGUGCUUCAAGACCCUUCAAACUUUGGGCAGUACCAGCUCUUCCAACAUGACCUCUCACAAUUCAUGAAGCUCGAUGCUGCUGCACUAAAGGCGUUAAACCUCACACCAGGUGCGCGUGAUGGGUCAAAAACGAUGAGUCUGUAUGGGCUAUUGAAUCAUUGCAAGACCCCGGUUGGCAGCCGGCUGUUGGCACAGUGGCUCAAGCAACCACUGAUGAGCAAGGAUGAAAUCGAGGGUCGGCAGCAACUUGUUGAGGCUUUCAUGAACGACACAGAACUUCGACAGACCAUGCAAGAGGAGCACCUGCGCUCCAUUCCGGACCUAUACAGACUGGCGAAGCGUUUCCAGAGGAAGAAGGCAAAUCUUGAGGACGUUGUUAGGGCUUACCAAGUGGUUAUCCGGCUUCCAGGUUUUAUUGGAACCCUGGAGGGUGUCAUGGAUGAAGCCUACCGGGAUCCUUUGGAUGUCGCCUAUACCACAAAACUGCGGGAGCUUUCGGACAGUCUAGUUCGCUUGCAGGAGAUGGUGGAGACGACAGUCGACUUGGAUGCACUGGAAAACCAUGAGUUCAUCAUUAAGCUUGAAUUCGACGAUGGACUGCGCAUAAUCCGAAAGAAGCUGGACAGAAUACGGACUGAGAUGGACAGGGAAUUUUCCAAGGCAGCGGAUGACCUCGGCCAGGAAAAAGAGAAGAAGAUCUUCCUCGAAAACCACAAGGUUCAUGGCUUCUGUAUGAGGCUGACCAGGACAGAAGCCGGCUGUAUCCGCAAUAAUUCUGGAUACCAGGAGUGCUCGACGCAGAAGAACGGAGUAUACUUCACCACUAAGCAUCUCCAGUCACUACGGCGAGAGUUUGACCAACUUUCUCAAAGCUACAACCGAACACAAUCCAGUCUCGUCAACGAGGUUGUGAGUGUUGCCGCAUCUUAUGCGCCUCUGCUCGAGAACCUCGCCGGCAUCCUGGCACACCUGGAUGUUAUCGUCUCGUUCGCGCAUUGCUCUAUGCACGCCCCGAUCUCAUACGUCCGCCCGAAGAUCCACCCCCGUGGUCAGGGCAGGACUCUACUGCGCGAGGCCCGCCACCCAUGUCUUGAGGUGCAAGACGACGUGCAGUUCAUCACCAAUGACGUAGAGCUUGACCGCUCAGGCUCAUCAUUCCUUAUCAUUACUGGUCCCAAUAUGGGUGGCAAGUCGACAUAUAUCCGACAGAUCGGCGUCAUCGCCCUCAUGGCACAGAUUGGAUGCUUUGUGCCCUGCUCAGAAGCCGAGUUGACCAUCUUUGAUGCCAUCCUGGCCCGUGUCGGCGCGAGCGACUCGCAGCUCAAGGGCGUGUCCACCUUCAUGGCUGAGAUGCUCGAGACGGCCAAUAUCCUCAAGUCGGCCACGGCCGAGUCCCUCAUCAUCAUCGAUGAGCUGGGCCGUGGUACCUCGACCUAUGACGGCUUCGGUCUCGCCUGGGCCAUCUCUGAACAUAUUGUCGUCGAGAUUGGCUGCUCGGCGCUCUUUGCCACACACUUCCACGAGCUGACGGCGCUGGCGGAGCAGCACAAGCAGGUUGCUAAUCUCCACGUCACUGCCCACAUCAGCGGCACAGGAGACGACGCGAAGGCGGAUGAAAAGCGUGAGGUCACGUUGCUCUACAAGGUGGAGCCCGGUAUUUGCGACCAGAGCUUUGGUAUUCAUGUUGCGGAACUCGUCAGGUUCCCCGACAAGGUCGUUCGCAUGGCCAAGAGGAAGGCAGACGAGCUCGAAGACUUCACCACCAAGCACAAUGACAACCUCGGCUUGCAGUACAGCAAGGAUGACGUCGAGCAGGGGAGUGCCCGGCUCAAGGAGAUUCUGGUUCAAUGGAAGGAAGAGGUCAAGGCUGGCGACAUGAGCCGAGAAGAGAUGGUCGCGAAGAUGAAGGCUCUCGUGGCGGCAGACACCAAGCUUUUGGAGAACCCGUUUUUCCAGUCGAUCAAGGCGCUGUAA